AGUCUGCGAAUUGGAAGUGCAAUGAACUGACAUGAUUACGGGACCGGAGGCCAGGCAAACGCACAGGUUGUUGGACUUGAAGAAGCAGCAAUGGGCUAAGGAGAGGGAGGAAAUAGCGCGCAUGGAUGAGAUGUACCAUCAUCACCACACCUCGCACCACAAAAUCGAACGCACCUCCAUUCGCACAUACUACUCCAACCUGGAUCUCAGUCAAACAUCGACCUCCAAUCAAACUUCGAGUCACUCGCGACGAGCGCCAGGUCCGGAUAUGCAAUUGAUCCUGCGCCAGCCGGAGUAUAGCCAGGACAAUCAGGGUUAUAUGAAUCAGUUGGAGCGGUACAUCGACGAUUUGGAUGGGGAUGCCGAUGCGGACUUUGAGGACGAGGAUGAGUCCAUGUAUCGAAGAACCAGGAGAGGAAGCUAUGCACCCGGAAUGUCCUCUCGUCAGAUGCAGAAUCCUGCCCGCUAUGCGGAACUAGUGCCCACAUCUCUUCAAACUGCCAAGGGAAGGAUGCAGAACUCUCGCCAGGAGGCGCAGCAACAUUUGAAGCAUCAACACCAGCAACUUUUGCUGCAGCAACAGCAACAUCAGCAGCAGCAACAGCAACGCCUGCGGAGUCCCAGUUUGCCAGCGAUUAGACAGAGGGUGAGACACCAGGACAGCAGGACGGGAAAACCAACUGACAUUGAUCCCGGCAACGGGCCACAUCGAUUAAACAAUCCCCCGGGAGGCGCUGGUAACCCGCCUGGUGGAGGUGGUGGAGCCCCGGGGCCUCCUGGUUGCCAGGAGGAGGACACAUCCGGCUAUCUGAGCGAUACGCCCAAGAAUCCCCAUACCCCGGACAUUUGGUUCAACGACGGUGCGAGUCAAAUCGAGAGCAUUAGUGGCAUGGGAAGUGCCAGUGUCCUGGAUGGCGGAAGUGUGGGCGCUGUGGGAGGGGGCGUGGCCGGGUGCCGACGCCUCCGCCGAUCGAUACAGGCGGGCACAUCAGGUGCACCAAUUCCUGCGCCGAUUCCUAUGCCCUUGCCCCACCAUCAACCACCCCCGGGAAAUCCACUGGGUAAGAUAUACACCAUCAAGGGACGACGUGUGCCAGGGCAGGGAUACGAACCACUCGCCGCCGAUGGAUACAUGGCCGAUGGAUACUGCUAUAUGCCUGCACCGCCAAGCUCAUCGAACAUGAGCAUGAGUCGCGAUGUCUCCACCUCGAAUACUUAUCAGGUGCACAUUGGCAAUCCGGACCAGAAUGAUUUCUUUGUCCAUGAGCAGCACGAGAGGGAGAGGGCUCGCUGGGCCAACUUUAAUGGUGGAGCUGGCCAUCAGGCAGCCCAGCAGCCGCCAGGAUGGCUAAGUCGCGGAAUGCACGAUCUAAAGGACAGUGAGGACGAUGUACAAUCAAUGCAGUCAUCCUCAACCUACUUAAGAGGGCAGAAUGCCCCUCUAGAUGCUCAUACACUGGCCGAGAGAAUGGACAAGAGACGCAAGGCAGCGGAGUACCAUAAUGCCAUCAAAAAGCAACUUCACGAACGGGAAUUGAUAAGGAAAUGGGAACAUGAACGCCAUCGACAGGAGGAGCAGAUCGAGGAGGAGCGCAUCCGUAGACAGAAGCAAUUGGAGCAGGAGCGUCUGGAAUUUGAGAGAAGAACUCUUCAGGAACGCGAAGAGGCCCAGCAGAAGAAACAGCAAGUAAUGCUGGAUGCCAUACAGAAAGCUGAAGUGGCGGCCAAAAUGGAAAGACAAAAAAGGCGAAUGGUUCGCCAGCCAUCCAAAGUUUCUCAAGAAACAGAAGAGGAUGAGUCCGAGCUAAUUAGAGUUCAAUCCGUGGAGGAGGAAGAAGAUGCGGAGGAAAAAUCUGGGGCAGUAGAGCCGCCAUCCCAAGAGGAAGAGACAUCGAAUACACCACGUGGUGCACCUCCAGUUAUGUCAGAGGAAAAAGUUCUUAUAGGUACCCCCAUCAACCUUCGGCGCACCAUCACGAAACCCAUUAAGCAACCCAGGGAUUCCAGAAAAGAGGACCCGAAAGAACCAACCCAAACCAAAGUACAGACCACUUUCCUGGGGGAAGAUAAGGAGAAUGUGGCGCUGCUGAUGCAACCAGCUACCCUUAUUCCAUUGCCCGUUACCAGCGAUAUUUUUGGGCUGCAAAAUGCCAUUGGCAACCUUCAGAUAGCCACUUAUUUUAUGCAACCACCCAUGCAGAAGCCACCAGAGACACCGGGCUCUUAUUCGAAAGCCACGAUGACCCAUCGUACGGACACCUCCAUCUACACCGAGGAUGGUUACCAGGCGGAAAAGGAGGAGGAUCCACUGACAACUGCACGAUCUGGGAGAACGGAUUUGGUGACAGCCAGUGGGUGCUUCUCUCCAGAUUCACUAGAGGUAGAUGUGGCUCCAGUCUUAAUAGCUGAAACAGAUAAACUGGCAUUGAUACCUCUGAAGACACCUCUACAACUGGGCAUCUCGAAUAGUUCAGAUGACAGAGGUGAACAUAAUCAUGAGGUGGGUCACCAAGCGGACGUGGAGACCCAAACAGAGUUACCCCUCAAUUGCGAUCUCUGUUUGUUCCACGAUAACUUCUACAAGGUCUUGCUUAAACGGGAGGUUUCUACCACUACCACAACACAGACAUCGAAAUCUCAGACACAACCCGCAAAGGAAUCAACUGCUGAAAAAGAUCAUGAGACCACAACGACUACAACCACCACCACAACAACCACAUUUAAGGCUAAAAGUAAGGAUAAAGACAAAGAAAAGAAUUUGAAAAGGAACCUAAAUAAGGAUAAGGACGCUAAUAAGAUGGACGAUCGACCAAAGUGGGGCGUCAAUCGUCCGGUUGUCCAGUAUGUAAAAGCCAGUGAUCGGGAUCCUUUUUGCCUGAGAAAGAAGAAAAACCACCCGAGCACCGCCAAGCCACCGAGAUCCUUGUCAAUGGACUCUCGUUUGGACAGUGUGGCUCUCCCCGAAGAUCGGCUAAUAAAUAUCGCCGGAGGACCUCCAUCUGCAGCGGGUGAACUGGAAGAGGAGGGCUUCCUUCUCAAAGCCCGUAAUGUCUGCACCGAAAUUUUACCCAUUAAAACCGACGACAAGGGACGAAUUUUCCUCAAUUUUCGCGAGGCAAGUGCCAUUAUGAACGAGGAUGAGAUUAAGGACAAGCUGCGGCAGAAAUACUUCAAUUUUGGCAGGAUCCUUCCCAGGAGAAGUUGGGCAUCCGCCACUCAGCAUGCUCUACCCUUUAGUGCGGUCACCACGGCUCCUCCACAAGCCACAGUGGGUGUAGGUGACUUAGCGGAUGAUUGAGAUCACUUUAUAAUAAUUUUGCGACCAGAAAUCUUUUACAACAUUCAUUACUAGAACGACUGUAAACCAUUUAUGUAAAACCUUAAAAAUAUAAACAUUUGUAUUGCAAGCACCG